AUGCUAAUAGCUCUAGCUCCUCUUGGUACUUACCGGAAUUGCAGGGCAACCAGCCAUGAAUAUCACAUCCCAACUUGUGCUGUUGCCAACGAACAAUCUAGUUAUGCAUACACUCAAAUCCGAGCCUUGUCCCUCCCAAUUCCACAAGCGCUUGCACUGUUGACAGUGGUUCUACCACUCAUCACCGGAAUUUCUGCUCAAGGCACAUAUGGACUGGUCCGGCGAGCUAACAAUGAGCCAUAUCAACUCACCAUACCGCUCAUUGGCGUCAUUGGCUUCCAAUUAAUCUACGAGACCGUGAUUGCCACUUUGGCCUUGACCCAUAUGAUACCUCCUUCGGCGUUGAACUGUGAAUUGGGAAGCAAGUGGCAGAGUUUCUGGAGGAUGAAAGAUGGGAUUGCUAUCAGAACAAUCCAGGAUGCUUUGAACUGUUGUGGAUUCAACACUGUCAAAGAUCGCUCCUGGCCUUUUGGUGAGGCCACUACCUGCUCAAAGACAUUCAAGCGAACCCAAUCUUGUGUCGUACCUUGGAGAAGAUCAGAGCAAAACAUGGCUGGGCUGCUAUUACUUGUUGCCGUGAUUGUGUUUAUUAUCAAGGUCCUCUCCCUCAUCUCCCUCCUCACCAGUAAUUCAUUCGGCCAAUCGAGAUGGGCACGACCUUUCAAGCAGAUUGGACAUGCUCGCCAUGUUGAAGAUGCAGAACAGCCGGAAGAAGACAACAGAGCUACCAUGAGACGACUUAUUGAGGAGAAUGUUGAAGAAUAUCAUGACGAACCAAGUGACAGAACAUCGACUCAAGCACUUACUGCUCCGAAUGGAGAAGAUCAUGGUCCAAGAGUUGAACCUUCUCAGCUGACGGGCCCUGGCAAUGAAUGGCGGGAUUGA